AUGGAUCAAUCCAGAGGGAAAGGGAUCAGUAUUGCGAUCGAUAGGGGCGGCACGUUCACAGACUGCGUGGGCAAUCCUGGCACAGGACGCUUGGAAGAUGACAUUGUGAUCAAAUUGCUAUCCGAGGAUCCGAACAACUAUGAGGAUGCCCCUCUUGAAGGGAUACGACGUAUUCUAUCUAAAUUCACCGGCCGUGAAAUCCCACGAGGGGAAGCCAUCGAUACCUCGCUGAUCAGCAGUAUCCGCAUGGGGACGACUGUCGCCACAAACGCCCUGCUCGAGCGCAAAGGGGAAAAGAUUGCUCUUGUAGUCAGCAAGGGCUUCCGUGACUGCCUGCAGAUUGGAAACCAGUCCCGUCCCCGCAUAUUUGACCUUGCCAUCAAGCGGCCCGACGUGCUGUACGAAGAAGUAGUGGAGGUAGAUGAGCGGGUCACUCUGGAAGAUUAUGCAGAGGAUCCACAACGCAUUGUAACGGCCACGGCUCCACGAGACCAGUCCCAACCUGAUGCGCAGCUUUUGCAGCAGGUAUACGAUCGUGGCAUUCGGAGUAUAGCAGUAUGUCUCAUGCAUGGAUAUACAUUUCCCGACCACGAGGCAUUAGUAGGCCGCCUGGCCACAGAGAUUGGCUUCCACCAUGUGAGCCUGAGCCACCAGCUCAUGCCGAUGAUCAAGCUCGUCCCACGGGCCACUUCAGCCUGCGCGGAUGCAUACUUGACCCCGACUAUCAAGAGGUAUAUUUCAGGGUUCCAAGCUGGCUUCAACAGUGGCCUUGGAAGCGAGAGUGUUAAAUCUGAGAAGGGCUCUCGAGGCGCACGUUGCGAGUUCAUGCAAUCGGAUGGCGGUUUGGUCGACGUCGACCAAUUUUCAGGUCUGCGAGCUAUCCUCUCUGGGCCAGCUGGUGGAGUGGUCGGAUAUGCAUUGACUUCAUACGACCCUGAAUCCAAAAUUCCAGUCAUAGGGUUUGAUAUGGGUGGAACCAGCACGGAUGUAAGCCGUUAUGGGUCCGGCCGCUACGAGCAUGUCUUUGAGACCACCACGGCUGGAGUCACCAUUCAAUCCCCUCAACUGGACAUCAACACGGUAGCCGCCGGCGGUGGCUCCAGGCUAUUCUUCCGCAACGGGCUCUUCGUUGUUGGGCCCGAGUCAGCAGGAGCCCAUCCGGGACCUGCAUGUUACCGCAAGGAUGGCCCAUUAACCGUCACUGAUGCCAACUUGUUCCUCGGUAGACUAGUCCCUGACUUCUUCCCCAAGAUCUUUGGUCCGCAAGAGAACCAAGGCUUGGACGAAGAGACCAGUCAUCGUCUGUUCGAGAAAUUGACCCAGGAAAUCAAUCAAGAGUUAGCUCAAGGGGAGCAGAACAAAGAAAUGACGCCUGACGAGGUUGCAUUCGGGUUUAUCAAGGUUGCCAACGAGACGAUGACUCGACCCAUUCGGUCCCUAACCGAAGCUAAGGGGCAUGAUACCUCGAAGCAUAGGCUGGCGACCUUUGGGGGUGCCGGUGGACAGCAUGCAGUAGCCAUCGCUGAAAGUCUGGGCAUACGGCAAAUCCUGAUUCAUCGGUAUUCAUCCGUGCUUUCUGCAUACGGAAUGGCGCUUGCCGAUGUGGUUGAUGAAACCCAGGAGCCAGAAUCCAAAAUCUGGAGUGAUAAGCCAGAAGUGCGCCAGGAGCUUGCACGGAGACUAGACGAGCUGAAGAAGAGAUCUACAAAAAGGCUACAAGAUCAAGGCUUCAAUCACGAAUCCAUUGUCUUCGAAGAAUACCUGAACAUGCGAUACCGUGGCACGGAAUCAGCCCUUAUGAUCCUGAAGCCUAGCAAAGAAGAUGCAAGUGUCGCCUUUGAUGGUGAUGAGUGGGCCUUUGGCAAAGCAUUUAUACAACAGCAUGAGCAAGAAUUUGGGUUCACCUUGCCUGACCGUGACAUAAUCGUGGAUGAUGUGCGUGUGAGAGGCAUUGGAAAGAGCUUCGAGGCGUCUGAGAAGACGGUCGAUCAACAGCUGCAGGAGUCGACACCCAAGGAUGUGGUUGGCCGAGAAUAUCGAACAUCCCAGGUGUACUUUGAAGGCGGGCGACGCGAAACACCCAUCUACAAACUCGACGACUUGCAGAUCAACGAUCGUGUGAAAGGGCCGGCGAUUCUUGCCGAUGAGACUCAAACCAUCGUGGUGACCCCAGGGGCCUCCGCACUCCUGACGAAGACUCACGUCGUUAUCAAUAUCGGAGAUUCUGAUGCGAGUGGCCCCCAUAUCAGCACUGAGACGGUAGAUCCAAUUCUACUCAGCGUCUUUUCGCACCGUUUCAUGGCCAUUGCAGAACAAAUGGGCCGCGCGCUACAGAAGACAAGCGUAAGUACCAACGUCAAGGAGCGGCUCGAUUACUCGUGCGCACUGUUCGAUCCGGACGGCGGGCUGGUUGCAAACGCACCACAUCUCCCAGUUCAUCUGGGCAGCAUGUCGACCUGCGUACGGAUACAAGCUCAGCUCUGGCAUGGCAAACUCAAGCCGGGCGAUGUCAUUGUCUCGAACCACCCUGAGUUUGGUGGCACACAUCUCCCGGAUAUCACGGUCAUCCAGCCUGCUUUUAGCCAGGGCAAGAUCAUCUUCUAUGUUGCCUCAAGAGCACAUCAUGCUGAUAUCGGCGGUAUCCUGCCCGGAUCGAUGCCACCCCACUCGAAAGAACUAUACCAAGAAGGUGCUGCCAUCAAGAGUGAGAAGCUGGUCUCGGAAGGCAAGUUCAACGAGCAGCGAAUCACUGAGUUAUUGUACAAAGAGCCGGCCCAGUACCCCAAUUGCAGUGGAACUCGCUGUCUUGCGGACAACUUGAACGAUCUCAAGGCUCAGAUUGCCGCCAAUAAGAAAGGAAUCAACCUCAUCAAUGCCUUGAUCGAGGAAUACGGCGAAGAAGUGGUACUCUUCUACAUGAAUCAGAUUCAAGAUAAUGCAGAGCUCAGUGUACGCAACCUUCUGAAAGAAGUUAGCCAGAAAUUCGCAGGCCGUAAUCUCAGCGCUAUUGACUACAUGGACGACGGGACACCGAUUCAACUGAAGAUCUCGAUUGAUGCAGAGAAAGGUGAAGCGGUGUUUGAUUUUGAGGGAACCGGCCCAGAGGUGUAUGGCAAUAUCAAUGCACCCGAAGCAGUCACCUACUCAGCAAUUAUUUACUGUCUGCGAUGUUUGAUUUCCGCCGAUAUUCCUCUGAAUCAGGGCUGCUUGAAGCCAAUUAACGUUCGUAUACCGCCGAGGAGUCUGUUGUCGCCAUCCGAGUCUGCAGCGGUCGUAGGAGGGAACGUAAUGACGGCUUGUGCUGCUUCGCAGGGAGACACCAAUAACCUAACCUUCGGGUUUGGGGGCAAUCUACAAGGAGAGACGGAGACCAAAGGCUUUGGUUACUAUGAAACCAUCGCCGGUGGGAGCGGAGCGGGCCCAGACUGGGAGGGUACUUCAGGAGUGCACACUCAUAUGACCAACACACGAAUCACCGACGCGGAGGUUUUCGAACGGCGAUAUCCCGUUUUACUUCGAGAGUUCAGUCUCCGACCCAAUUCUGGGGGCGCCGGUCAGCACCGUGGCGGAGAUGGUGUCAUUCGGGAUAUCGAAUUCCGCAUUCCCGUACAGGUCUCUAUCCUCUCCGAGCGUCGAGUCUACCACCCUUACGGUCUGGAGGGAGGCGAGGAUGCCCAAUGUGGUCAGAACCUUUGGGUGCGUCGAGUCCAGAAAACCGACGGAAGCUGGGAGGAGCGACAUAUCAGCCUAGGAGGGAAGAACUCGGUCCAAAUGCAAUCUGGUGAGCGAAUCAUCAUCCGUACGCCCGGUGGAGGAGGAUGGGGCCCAGUUGGGAACCAGCAACAGCUUGUUCACGAAAUAGAUGCCCGUCAUGCCUGGCGAGGCGGCUCCCUUGCCACCCGCCUGGCAACGCAAGAAGCGAGCAUGUGA